CAGUGAGAGAGUAAAAUGGCAGAAGAAGCACCAGCAGCAGCAGCCCCGGUGGUGAAAACCCCGAAGAAGAAAUCGGCUCCCAAGCCGAAGUCUGAUGGACCCUCCCUCCCGACGCUCAUCAUCAGCGCUGUGGCUGAGUCCAAAGAGCGCAAAGGUGUGUCCCUAUCGGCCGUGAAGAAGGCACUGGCCGCUAAAGGUGUGGAUGUGGUCAAGGCUAACAAACGCAUCAACGCCGCCGUGGUGAAGCUGGUAACAAAGGGAACUUUGGCCCAGACUAAAGGCAGUGGUGCCUCCGGAUCGUUCAAGCUCGCAAAGAAAGAGCCCAAAGCCGCCAAACCUGCAGCGAAGAAGGUGGUAAAGAAAGCUCCAGCCAAGGCAAAGAAGCCCGCUGCAAAGAAAGCUACACCCAAGAAGACUCCAGUGAAGAAAGCAGCAGUCAAGAAGUCUCCGAAGAAGGUAGCAGCCAAGAAAACUCCAGUAAAGAAGGCAACCAAAAAGCCUGCUGCAAAGAGUCCCAAGAAGGCUGCCCCCAAGAAAGUGGUGAAGAAGACUCCAGUGAAAAAGGCUCCAGUUAAGAAAACAGCAGCGAAGAAGACUGCAGCCAAGAAGGCCAAGAAGUAAAUCUUCACACCAGCAUUCAAUGCAUCAAAGGCUCUUUUAAGAGCCCCCACAACUUCUACUAAAGAGUCUGUCCUCA